GACGUAGCGGCGGCGAUGGCGGCGGCGGGGAAGGCGCAGCGCUACGAGGCCUUCGUCAGCGACGUGCUGCAGCGCGACCUGCGGCGGGUGCAGGAGCAGCGGGACGGCAUCUUCGAGCAGCAGGCCCAGGUGCUGCAGCUCCGCACUGCCCUGGCCCGCCUCCAGGAGGCACCCACCCCCCUGCGCACGCAGGUCGACCUCGGCUGCAAUUUCUUCGUCACGGCGGAAGUCCCGUCCCCCCAGCGAGUUUUCGUGGCUCUGGGCUACGGGUUCUUUGCGGAGCUGACAUUGCCCGAGGCCCUGCGUCACCUCGAUCGUCGCAGCCGCCUCCUCGACCGGCUCAGCGAAUCCCUGACGCGGGAUGGGGCCAAGAUCCGGGCGCACAUCAGGCUGGUGCUGGAGGGUCUACGGGAGCUCCAAGGUCUCCAGGACCCUCCAACGACCUCUGACCCCUGACAGCCUCAGGCCACGCCCACCUCGGACGCCGGGGUCGCUUCCUCACCCGGGAUAAUCCUGAGUAAAAUGCGUGUAAGCUUGGAGUAACGCGUGUGUAAGCCCAGAGUAACGUGCAUGUAAUCCUCGAGUAAAGUAUUUGUAAACCCGGAGUAAGGCAUGUGUAAAACUGGAGUAAAGUGUGUGUAAACCCGGAACAA